AUGGGAUGAAGCCAUAGGUACCCUUGGCUACCAUUUUCUCGCCAAAGGAGUCCAUACGGCCCCCAAAGCGUUGCAUGCACAUCAAGUAUUACGUCGAAUCAAUCGGCUUUGCUCAGAAAUCCUCUUGAACCACACCCUCCUCCUUGAGAUGAGACAAAGUAGAGCCCAGCAAACGGUGUGCGGUCCCAAAGACCGAAGAAGAUGAACCGAAGAGAAUCUUAAGGAAGAUGGCGUUCCGUUUCUCCUCCACACUGUCAGCUGACCAACCCGUUUAUUAAGGUGUAACUGCAGGAGCCGGUCCCAACAGGCUUUGCAUCCUCAUCACACCUAUAAAAAUGUCACCCGCUUCCCUUCUCUGCGCAGCACAGGCAAAUGCUGGCCUCCUAGCUCCCGUUUCUGAGCUGGCGUUGUUGGUUGUGAACUGCGACGGGGACAAAAUGCCCCGCAGCACCGCGGAGCUGGCCGCCGGCGGGGACCCGCCAGGGACUCUUGCCCUUGGCGCCUCACGAACACUCUCGACCGUAUUCGGCUCUUUCCGGCCUCUCGAGGCGCUUCGGGUGGCCUCGGCUUCCGCCGCUCUCACGUUCGGCAGUUUCCGCGUUCCGCGCGCAGCCGUUGUCCGGGCAACGCGCUGCGGCUCCGCGGAGAGGCCCUGAGUUUAAGGAAAGGAAGUGCGCUUGUUUGCGAGCUGAUGCCACUGAUCGGUGUCGUUAGGUUUGAGCCCUGACUUGGUCUGAGUGUCAUCAUGGCCCUCUAUUUUGACCACCGAGUGGAAGCCCCGGACUCCGUUGGGUCUCCUUCCCACAUCCACUGGCACCCUGUCCAUCCGUUCCUGGCAGUUGCCUCCGUCAGCACGACCUCAGGAGGCAGCGUGGAUGUAUACCUGGAACAAGGUGAGCAUGCGCCCGAUACGCAUAUCGAGAGGUCGUUCCGGGUCACUUCCUUGUGCUGGCAUCCGACGCGAAUGAUCCUGGCUGUUGGCUGGGAGACCGGAGAAGUGACAGUGUUUAAUAAGCAGGACAAGGAGCAGCAUGCGGUCCCCCCGACCCACACCAGCGACAUCACCGUCCUCAAGUGGAGCCCCAACGGGAACUGCCUCGUGUCGGGGGACAGGCUUGGCGUCCUGCUCUUGUGGAGGUUGGACCAGAGGGGUCGGGUACAAGGGCCUCCUCUGCUGAAGCACGACUACGGAAAACCCCUAACCCGCUGCAUCUUCCGGCUCCCCCCUCCUGGCGAGGACCUCGUUCAGCUGGCGAAGGCGGCUGUGAGUGGCGACGAGCGAGCCCUGGACAUGUUUAACUGGAGGAAAAGCGGCUUUGGGAGUCUCCUGAAAGUGGGCUCUCAAGAGGGACUGUCGUUCUUUGUCAGCCUGAUGGAUGGGACGGUGCACUAUGUGGACGAGAAAGGCAAGACCACCGAGGCAGCGUCCACGGACAGCUCGGUGCAGGCGCUCUUCUACCUGGAGAGGAGGGAGGCCCUGGUGGUGGUCACGCGGAGCCUGCUGCUGUCCCUGUUCGUGGUGAGGCCCGAGGGCGAAACGGAGGAAGUGAUGAAGGUCAAGUUGAGUGGGAAGACAGGUCACCGGGCAGACAUCGCAUUGAUUGAGGACAGUGUGCUCGUGACCGCCGUAGGGGAGCCCAUCCUCAGAUUCUGGGAUUUGGAAGGAGGAGAGAAUUAUGUGCUGAGUCCAGAAGAGAAGUUCGGUUUUGAGAAAGGAGAGAAUAUAAACUGUGUUUCUUACUGUAAAGUCAAAGGUCUCCUGGCAGCAGGCACCGAUAAGGGGCGAGUUGCCAUGUGGAGAAAACUGCCGGGCCCGCAGAGCGGCCGAGCGGCCGAGGGCAAGGACAGGUGGGCCGUUCAGACCCCCACUGAGCUCGAAGGCGACAUCACGCACAUCAAGUGGGGCUCGCGGAAGAGCCUGCUGGCGGUCAACAGCAUCAGCUCCGUGGUGAUCCUCAGCGAGCAGGCCAUGUGCUCACACUUCCACCAGCAAGUGGCCGUGGUGCAGACCUCCCCAAGCCUGCUCAGCGUGUCCUUCCUGUCCACGGGCGUGACGCACAGCCUGCGCACAGACAUGCACGUCCGCGGGGUGUUCGCCACCAAGGAUGCCGUUGCUGUCUGGAACGGGAAACAGGUGGCGAUCUUCGAGCCUUCUGGAGCCACGUUACGGAAUGCCGGAACCUUCCUGUGUGAAUCUCCAGUGUUGGCCAUGCACGAGGAAAACGUUUACACCGUGGAGCCAAACCGAGUUCAAGUUCGAACCUGGCAGGGGACCGUGAAACAGCUCCUACUGUUCCCAGAGGCGGAGGGGAGCCCAUGCUUCCUUGACAUCUGUGGAGAUUUCCUGGUUGUGGGGACAGACUUGGCUCACUUUAAAAGCUUUGAUCUUUCCCGAAGAGAGGCCAAAGAGCACUGUGGUGACCGGAAGCUGGCCGAUCUGAUCCCGGGCGCAGCGGGCAUGGCCUCGCUCAGGUGUAACGCCAGCGGCGGCAAGAUCAGCAUCCUCCUCAGCAAGGCUGACGGCAGCCCCGAUUCCAAAAUCUGCUUCUACGACGUGGAAAUGGACACUGUGACUCUCCUGGACCUCAAGACGGGGCAGAUUGAUCGGAGGGAGACGCUGUCCUUCAACGGGCAAGAGACCAAGAAGAGCCCUGCCUUUGCGGACGAAAGACUGAGGGAUCUCGUUCCCGUGAGCCACUUCUGGGACCAGAGCGAGCCCAGGCUGUUCGUGUGCGAGGCCGUGCGGGAGGCGCCGGGGGCCCCGCUGCAGCCCGGGGACAAGAAGCCCCCCGCCGAGGACGGCCCGGACCUCACGGCUGACGUGCUGGUCCUGUCCUUCUUCGUCACCGAAGAGCAUGGCUUCUUGCUCCAGGACAGCUUCUCCCGGCCUCCCGCCUACCAGACCCUUCUGGGAAUUCAAGUGCCUCACUAUUACUUCACGAGGAAGCCAGGAGAAGCAGACGGGGAAGACCAGGGGGACCCGGGGUGCCACCGCGUCCCCCACCUGCUGGGCAGGAGACCCCUGCGAGACUUCGUCGGACUGGAGGGCUGCGAUAAGCCCACUCAGGAUGCCAUGCUCGACUUCAGCUUCUUUGUCACCAUCGGAGACAUGGAUGAAGCUUUGAAAUGUAUCAAGCUCAUCAAAAGCGAGGCAGUCUGGGAGAACAUGGCCCGCGUGUGCGUGAAGACCCAGCGGCUGGACGUCGCCAAGGUGUGCCUGGGGAACAUGGGCCACGCGCGCGGAGCCCGAGCGCUGCGCGAGGCCGAGCAGGAGCCAGAGCUGGAGGCCAGGGUGGCCGUGCUGGCCAUACAGCUGGGCAUGCUGGAGGACGCCGAGCAGCUGUACCGGAAGUGCGGCCGCUACGACCUCCUCAACAAGCUGUACCAGGCGUCCGACCAGUGGCAGAAGGCCGUGGAGGCAGCGGAACUGCGGGACCGCAUCCACCUGCGCACCACCUACUACAACUACGCCAGGCACCUGGAGGCCAGCGCUGACCGCAGCCUGGCCCUCAGCCACUACGAGAAGUCGGACACCCACCGCUUCGAGGUGCCCAGGAUGCUCUCGGAGGACCCACAGUCCCUGGAGCUCUACGUCAAUAAGAUGAAGGACAAGACCCUGUGGAGGUGGUGGGCCCAGUACCUGGAGAGCCAGGCAGAGAUGGACGCCGCACUGCACUACUACGAGCUGGCACAGGACUACUUCUCCCUGGUCCGCAUCCACUGCUUCCAGGGCAACAUCCAGAAGGCUGCUGAGAUCGCAAAUGAGAGCGGAAACUGGGCCGCGUCCUAUCAUCUGGCCCGCCAGUACGAGAGUCAGGAGGAGGUGAGGCAGGCAGUGCACUUCUACGCGCGCGCACAGGCCUUCAACAACGCCAUCCGCCUGUGCAAGGAGAACGGCCUGGACGACCAGCUCAUGAACCUGGCCCUGCUGAGCUCCCCCGAGGACAUGACAGAGGCGGCGCUCUACUACGAGGACAAGGGCGAGCACGUGGACAGGGCGGUGAUGCUGUACCACAAGGCCGGCCACUUCUCCAAGGCUCUGGAGCUGGCCUUCGCCACCCAGCAGUUUGUGGCCCUGCAGCUCAUAGCGGAGGACCUGGACGAGAGGUCGGACCCUGCCCUCCUGGCCCGCUGCUCGGACUUCUUCCUUGAGCACAAUCAGUACGAGAAGGCGGUGGAGCUGCUCCUGGCCGCAAAGAAGCACCACGAAGCCCUGCAGCUCUGCCUGGAGCAGAACAUGACCAUCACCGAGGAGAUGGCUGAGAAGAUGACCGUGCCCAAGGACUCCAAGGACCUGUCUGAAGAGUCUCGGCGCCAGCUGCUGGAGCAGAUCGCCAACUGCUGCAUGCGCCAGGGCAGCUACCACCUGGCCACCAAGAAGUACACGCAGGCGGGGAACAAGCUCAAGGCCAUGAGAGCGCUGCUGAAGUCGGGGGACACGGAGAAGAUCGUGUUCUUUGCGGGCGUCUCAAGGCAAAAGGAGAUCUACAUCAUGGCUGCCAACUACCUGCAGUCCCUGGACUGGCGGAAGGAGCCGGAGAUCAUGAAGACCAUCAUCAGCUUCUACACCAAGGGGCGGGCCCUGGACCUCCUGGCCAGCUUCUACGAGGCCUGCGCCCAGGUGGAGAUCGAUGAAUACCAAAACUACGACAAAGCCCACGGGGCACUGACCGAGGCCUGCAAGUGCCUGGCCAAGGCCAAGGCCAAGAGCCCCCUGGACCAGGAGACCAAGCUGGCUCAGCUGCAGAGCAAGAUGGCACUGGUGAAGCGGCUCAUCCAGGCCCGAAGGACAUAUGCCGAGGACCCUAAGGAGGCGGUCAAGCAGUGUGAGCUGCUCCUGGAGGAGCCAGAGCUGGACAGCAGCGUCCGCGUCGGGGACGUCUACAGCUUCCUGGUGCAGCACUACCUGCAGACGGAGGAGUUCCAGGCGGCGUACAGGUAUCUGGAGGAGAUGCGGAAGAAAGUGCCCUCCGCCAACAUGUCCUACUACGUGAGCCAGCAGACCAUGGACGCCGUGCACCGGGGCCUGGGCCUCCCUGUGAUGCGUGCCAUGUCCGGGCGGGCCCACCACAACAGCGUCGACGACCGCAGAGAGGCAGACGAGGAGGUGCAGGAGGAGGAAGAGGAUAGCGAGCCCUGACAGCCGCUGCUGCUCCCCCAGAACCUGCCAGGGUUCAUGGCAAGAGCCUGACUUUCUCGUUGAAAUGACAGCUGUGUCGGACACCCCAGGGCACCGGCUGUCCUGCUCAGAAGGGGCCGUGAGGUCCCUUUCCUGCCCAGGGACUUGGUUCCUCUUUUCCAGGACCGUCUCCCAAGCAUAGUCUGUAAAGCCUAAAAACCUUCUGGAACUCGAUGGACUGUAGAUAUUAGCGUGUUCACUGCGCCUCGUCCCAACACCCAGGCGAGUUCCAAGGGAGCACAUCUCACGGCUCCCGGCAGGACACGCCAUCCCUGACCACGGGGCCCAGCGUCCGCUGGAACAGAGACAUAGGGGUGGCCAGCACGUGUGUGCGGGGGGUGCGGUUCUCUGCACGAGGCAGCCUGGUGGCUCCGUCCACGUGGGCGUGUCCCAUCACCUGCCCCCAUCGUGAAGGGCUGGCCCCACGACAUGUCCGUGCAGGGAGGGGGACCUUGGGGUCUCCCACCCCCAGCUCGUCACCAGCUGCCAGAACCGUGUCCCCCUUCAGAGGGACCUCGAGGCACCGCGGACCCUGCCCGAGCAGUCAGUGCCAAGAGGAAUGGGUUUGAACACCUCUGGCUCCUUUUUAUUCUUCCUCUUUGUUGCUUUUUAAAGUCUGCGUUCAGGUGAGGAACGGGCUUGGGGACAGGCUGAGAAUCAGCCCAUAGGGGCCCCAGCGGCUCCCUCCCUCCUCGGGACCCCCCCCCUCCUGCCAUGUUCAGGUGGCCCUGUCUGUGGACGCAGGGCCAAGGGCCCUCCCGCGGGCUGCUGGCGGGGCGGGCCUCCCUCUCCAGCGACGACUAAGGAGAAGCGAGGGGGAGCAGUCGGUCUCUGAGCUUCUCCAGAAGCAGCAGGGCUUUCACAGCCAGCAUCCUGCAGUCCUCGUCUGCGUCCCGGUCAGCCACAUCUGCCAAAGACGAAAAUAGAGCAGGACAUCGGCGGCGCCCACAGCCGGGCGGGCCAGCCCUCAUUUCCUCUUAGGGAGUCAUCCCAUACGAGCCCCCACAGGGCCUGGUGGGGCCUGGCCGUGUGCGGGGGCAGCACCCCACUCUCCCUGGGGCUGGGCGCCCAGCCAGCGGCCGGCGACAGGGAGGCAGCGGGAUGGAGCGGACACCAUCGUCUCCGCGGGGAGGCCACCGGUCCCGGGAAGCGGGACGCCACACGCCUGUGGCACGGGGCCCGAGGACCCGGAGCCGACCGGACACGCGUGAUCCGACAAAGCCCGAGGGUGCUCUGCAAACUAACUGACGCGACGGGAGGGGCCCCGCCUGAAUCCCGGGCCCCCGAGUGUGGCGCCACGUCAGAGUGUCUCCUCCCGGCCUGGAGCCCCGGGUGGACACCGGUGGGUGGGCAACACAGGUGCCUACGGGCAGGAGGUCACGUGUGCUCCAACAGACUUUUCAAAGAGAACACUGUGGCGAGGGGUGGGGGGGAGGGUGCAGGGAGGAAAGCUUAUCCAAGUUAGUUGGCGAGUCUGGUGAGGUAACGUGCCUCCUGCGUGGCUCUUGCGACCUUACAGAAGAUACAGAAUUUUCCAGAACACACACACCGUCUCCCACAUCUGGGCACCUUCUCUUGGGUCCUCCUGCAGGACCUCCCCAAAGUGACUCAAGAACAGCUGAGUCCCCACCCCCCCACCAGGGACCAUUUCGUGCACAGACGGGGGGGAUGUGACGGUCCUGGGGCCUCUGCACUGCCCCGUGCCCCGAUGGCCACUGCACCAGCCUCCAACCACCCGCCUCGCCCAUGCAGCUGGGGGCCUGGCACUCACCCGCCAGCCAGGAUCGGGUUUCCAGCAGCUCGUCUGGCAGGUCUGCCAGGAGUCGCUCGGCGGGAACACUGAGGAGGACGGAGGAGACCGCGGACAGCAGGCCCCGGCGCACGUAGCUGCCAAGCCAGGCCGGGACGCUGAGCGCCGACGGAGCCCAGGCCAGGGAGACCCCGCUUCUCCGCGGUACAGCAGACCCACGGGCAAGCAACGCACGCUCCAGCCGCCCUGCCCCUUCGUGCUUGGGAAGCACCAGGCCGCCCUGCCUCUCGGCCACGCCCACGGGAGUCGCCCCCCCACCCUCCUGCUAUCCUGGGAGCCCCGCCUCCACGUCCACGUGGGACCACUUUCCUCAGCCACACGGCCACUCACGCGUCACUGUGGAAGCGAAGGGUCCACACGAACUCCAGGAGGGCCUUGCCCAUGGUCACAGCCACCUGAAACAGCAGAGGCCAGUGGGCAGGAGUCCUGGCACCCAAAGGUGGGUCCCAACAACCCAGCCCCAGGGCCAAGGGGAGGCCCACCGGGAGGACGGCCACCAGCUCCGCCUCCCACUCACCGUGGUGUUCACAGCCAGGUACAUCAGGGCCCCCAAGGUGUGGGCCAAUCUCCCGAGAACCAGCUGGUCUUCUCCCAAAAGGUCGAAGGUCACCAGCGGUCUACAAGAGCAUCAGGUGUGUGUGUGCGGGACGCGUGGUCAGGGCUCAUUCUCCAACCCCUGGGCCACCAAGGGACAGCCAGCGCCCUGGAGGCGCCCCCUCACCGCACGUCCCCGUGUGGCUCCCACAGCCAUGAGGAGAAGGCGUCAGACAGACACAGAGCGCGUGGAGCAUUGAGGCUCCACGGCGAGGCUCCGGCCCCGCCCACCGGGAACCCGCCAGCAACCCGCCAUCCGUGACAGACACCGCAGAUCCUGACGCCCUCGCUUUGCCAUUUAAGCUACGAAGGACCGAAAGCCAGGUGGUGACCUUGCUGCUGCCCAAACCCCAGCACAGACUCCAUCCUGGGAAGCCUCUGGUACUCGAGGGCGUCCAGGCCUCCCGCUCACCUGUCAAAGUGCUGAAUGAGUGGGAAGAAGAAGUAGCCAGCCACCGAGCUGAACUGGUUGGCGCCAGCGUCCCGUCCCCGCCUGGCAGAGCCCUGCAAGCAUGGUGCGCACAGGUGCCGCAUCCCUUUGCUGUCCCAUACGCACCCCCGUCACAGCCCCGGCCCACGCGGACACGGCACACACAGGCCGUUUCUUGCUGACGCAGAAUUCCGGGGCUUUUUUCGCACCCGCAUGUUAAAGCCAUGAGGCUCUGAUGCCCUAAGGCACGUGUCCCAACACGCAAUUUGUACCCAACACCCUCCCUCCACACAACAGCAGUGUCGGUGCCGCCCCGUCCCCCACCAGGACCUGAGCCCGGGCUGGCUGACCUGCGAGAACCGCCGGGUCUUGUUUCUGAUCCGCUCCUCCACGACCGCACGCCAGGCGGGAGCCACGGCGCUGCCGGGCGGGGGAGCGGGGCCCCGGGGGUCGCACUGGGGGGCCUUGGACGCGCGGCCAGGCCGAGACAGCUCCUGGGCGGCCAGAGUCAGGACCUAGAGGAGCGGGAGACCCAGGGCAGCGGUCCUUGUUCUAGGGAGGGGCGGCAUCUUCUCAAACCCGAGGUAAACUGAGUGCCCGUCGGCGCCAUCGGCCGUCACAGGCUGCGCCAGGGAACAUUCUGGGGACCGCACGGGAAGUCAGUUCCGGCUACCCCAGGAUUGCUUCACUUUGUGGGGGACAGAAGGGAAAGGUGGCCCCGCUCCUGCGCCCGGAGCUCCUACGGUUCCAGAGCCUCACCAACCUGCUGCCCAGCCGCCUGCACACAGAUGGGCCCCGGAACAGGCCUGCGCCAUCACAUGCCUGGAGCCCUGGAACAGGCGGGGCCACGGACAGCAGCCUGGUGGCUGCAGGCGCCCGGCCGGGCAGUGCGUGCUAAGGGCUGUUCCGCUGAGGGUGGCACAGGACACUGAACCGUCAACGUACCAGAUGCCCCUGAACUGCAAGCACGGAGGCGGUGACUGUUCAGCGCCGUCUCAUGAGACACACAGCGUCACGCUUGCCGUCUUGACAGCCGUGCGCGCGCAGCUCAGCGGCAGCGGGUGCGUGCACAUCGUAUGGCCGUCGCCACCAUCGUUCCAAGACUCCGUCUUCCCAGACGCAGCCCUUUCCCCUGCGACGUGCCCUCCCCGCCGUCUACUUCAGUCUCUCUGAUUCUGACGGCCCAGGGACCUCACACACGUGGAAUCCUACAGGGUCCUCUGGUUCAUCCACGUUGUGGCAGGUUACCACGUCCCUCCUCUGCGAGGCCCAAGUAACAUCCCGACGUGUGCACAGACCACAUUUUGUUUGUCUUAAGAUGGGGAACUGUACCGCGUGGGAAUUUCUGUCUCAGUAAAGUUAAUGUCUCAGA